AUGAGCAGCAAGCGAAGAAAAAAGAGCGAUCCGCCUGAUGAGGAGAAGUCUAAGCGUCGCUGUUCACAGAGCAUUGCUGAGCCUACGCGACAGAAGACAGCUUCAGAUGACAGAACUGUCGAUCAGCCUGACGAGAAGAAACCUAAGAGUCGACGUUCAAGCAGAACUGCCAAGUCUGCAGAGCAGAAGGCAACCACACACGGGAGAGUGCUCGUUCAUCCAUCGACGUGGUUGGAUCCUGCGUUGGCGAAAGACCUCUGGAUGCCAGAUGCGGAUUCGUUGCAAGCGGUUGAGAAGACAUCGCAUCAUCCACCUCUGGUUGAUCGAUUGCUCACGUCGUGGUUUGACGUCACCAACUUCACCGAUGUGUUCAGAGCGACUCGGUGGAGAACGAUGCGUACACCGUCGUUCGAAGAUCUGCAGGAAGAUCUACGCACGCUGGGAGAGUUAAGUGAAGAGAGCAAGUCUGUCAACAGUGUUAUCAAGAUUCACUUGUAUCCAACUACGCUUCAACGCGGGAAGCUGGAGCAGAUCUUCGCUGCGAAUCGCGCCGUGUACAACAAACUGGUUGCUAGCUCCAAAGAAGAUCGUGCAAUGCGACUCGUGCCGCGGGGGAACUCCGACAAGAACGAAAAAUGA